GACGCGUGGAGCUGUCCUGUUUCGACGAAGGUGUAAUUGCAGGGUCCGAAGCCGCGCGCGUUUAUGUCGAGGGGCAUUCGAGUCUGCAGCUCGUGAAGGAGACGAAGCAUCAGAGCCGGAAUAUCGCACCGAGUUAAAGCCCCAAAGCUCGGUCAGAACCCCCUGAAAAUGGUCCGCGUUUUCUGCACCAGCUUAGCCCUGGGCCUCGCCCUGACGGCCUGCGCCGCCUUUCCGAGAGCCGUUAUGGCCAUAGAUCUGAGUCGACUCUACGGCCACUUGAGCUCCAAGAGAACAGGUGGAGCCUGUCACGCCUAUGAGCCCUUCAAGUGCCCAAAGGACGGACUUUGCAUCUCAAUCCAGUAUCUCUGCGACGGUGCUCCUGAUUGUCAAGACGGCUACGACGAGGACUCUCGUUUGUGCACUGCUGCAAAAAGGCCUCCCGUCGAGGAGACAGCUAGCUUUCUGCAAUCAUUACUCGCCAGCCACGGUCCAAAUUACCUCGAAAAAUUAUUCGGGAGUAAGGCCCGAGACGCUUUGGCGCCCCUCGGAGGCGUUCAAAAAGUUGCCAUCGCUCUAUCGGAAUCUCAAACCAUCGAAGAUUUCGGUGCUGCUCUGCAUCUCAUGCGUUCCGAUCUCGAGCACCUGAGGUCAGUUUUCAUGGCUGUGGAGAACGGGGACAUCGGAAUGUUAAAAUCGCUUGGCAUCAAAGACUCGGAACUAGGUGACGUUAAAUUUUUUUUGGAAAAAUUGGUGAACACCGGUUUUCUGGACUGAAUUAUCUAUCAUCGGUAUUGCAGAGACGGAAACUCAUCUUGCAGACACUCCAUAGAGACUUUUCCAUGGUAUCUUAUACAGAACCCGAUAACCUUACAUUAUUUACAAAUGACACAUUCAAAACAUGAUGAUUCCCAUAUCUCUAUAUUUUCCAAUUCGUAAAUAUUAGUACAUCGUCAAAUAUUCGACAGGGAAUAUUCGAGCAGUUAUAGAUGUUUUCAAUAGAAAUAACGUGCCACGCGUUUCCGAAUAUUCCGUAAGUCUUGUAAACUGCACAUGAGUAUUUUCAUUAUACAUAUACAAUGUUUAUUAAGAUUGAAGCGAUGCGGUACAAUGACAAAUGCUUCGGUAAAAUUACUACGCCACGAGAAAUCGGAUUCAAUGUCUAUAAAAGUUUCACCUGCACAGGAUAUAAUAAUAAUAAUAAUAAUAAUAAUAAUAAUAAUAAUAAUAAUAAUAAUAUUAAUAAUAAUAUAUGAGUCAAUACGGAGUUUUCGAACCGAGAAACCAAUUCAAUCUUCUAGUAAUUCACCGUACAGAUAUCACGAUUGCACUGUUCGGUACAUAUAAAUGUUUUGACAAAUUUUUUUAGUACUUAACUAAACUAGUAAUUUCGACCUCGAAAUUUAUCAUAUCAGAGUGACAACUUCCGUAUUUCAAGUGAUACCAUUCUCCUAAAAUAUUUUAUUCUCGGUUAUGUCAUCGUAAGAAUUCAAGCAACAUAUGUAAAGCAUAUGCGCCUGUGUAUGUAUGUGAGUAGAAAUACUUUUUACACACUGUAUAUUCAUACACAUAUCGAUAUAUUAUAUAUAUACAGGAACAAACAUUUUGAGUAAAAAUAUAUGCAUGUAGAAUUAUAAGUAGAUACGCACAUACAUAUACGAGAAAAGUUGACGUUUGUAUGAGCGCUGUUAUUUUAUUAACUUUACCAACACUGGGAUCCGAAAUCAUGCAAGGUGCAAUGUGGCGGAAGUAAUUUAUAUGUACCAUAAUCUCGUUGUAUUUAAUGAUAAACGUGGAUUUUCGAUACAUAUUUCACUAUUUGCUAACCUAAUGAAUUAAAACAAUAAUUUAACCGUUUGCACGGAAUUUUCUAUUACUUCAUGUUCGUGUAAUUUAGCUAAAAUCAGGGCUGAAACGAUCAGCUGAUGGCCGAGCGCGACGCCAUAUUGUUCCAAUCCUUUGGAUCCCAAUGUACAACGCUGCGAUAUUUAACCCUUGUACUUCUCCGCUAAAUCAUAAUACUUUCACGUAUUUGGAAUAUUAUUUGGAUUGUCCCGUAUGGGAAUUGCAGCGAGGUUGUGCAAGACUAAAGUAGGGUGUGUGAUUGAUCAUUUCCUUCUCCAUGAUUAGCCGUAUCGAAAGAUAUUUUUUUAACUUCGCUAACAGAAUUCGAAUCAUUAUUUGUUAAUUAGUGUCCAUGACUGUUCAUAAAGUCAGAAAAGAUCUUAUUCUAAAUGAUCGAAUAAUCAAGCGAAGUAAUACUUUCUUUUCAUCAGUACUUUAACAACAAGAUAAACCCGAUUUUUCUUUUUUUUUUUACACAUAUUUUUUGCCUUAUUAAAGUACAGAUUUCAAAGUUUGUUCUGUUGGAAAAUUUCUGACGUGAAGAAAAUGUUUUUCGAAUUCAACCAAAACGAGAAGGUCUUGACCGACGGAGAAGAAUUUUUAUGGAGAAUGAACCGUCCAUUGAAAAGUCUUGUAUAAACGGACUUUUCUUUACAAAUUGACAUAUCGAUAACAAAUGAUAAGUGAUAUGGGUGUAAAUGUAAGCACGAAAAAAAGUCUUUCGGGAUUGUAUAACGAGUAACAAUCUUAGUGAUUACAGUAAAAAUAUAUAUAUACAUGUAUACUAUCGAUACAUAUCAGCAGCUUUAAGACUGCAACAUCUGUAAUAAUACUAUUGCUUGACAGCGAUAACUACACUAAUCUACAGGUGAAGAAAAUCAAUCAUAUUGUGGUGGCCGCAAGUAAGGCUUUGUAACUGACUCCUUCUAUGACGCGAAAACAAUCGUUCGUAUUGAAACAAUUGACAACCAACUCAAAGAUCGACUGUGGUUUGUUGGAGUUGAAAUAGAUGUGAAAGUAUCUUUUUUGAUGAAACGCUUAUUCAUCGACAUCAACAAACUAAUUCUGAUGCGAAAUAUCUCGGAAAAUUUUAGAUAUUCCAAGUAUAAUUAACGAAAAGAACUAUAGCGACGUAAAAUGUUACUGUGAUAAUUUCGAUAUUAUAAUAGUAUUGGGAUUUAAAAUGUCGAAACGUGCCGUUUGGUGGCCGAAAAUGAGUGGUGUAUCUAAUUAUAAAUCUCGUUCAUUACUCUUUGCUAAUUCAAUGUAAUAAAACUAAAGUGUACCUAGUUGUACGGAGUUUUUUUUCCGUUAUAAUUGUAUAAUUUAGCUAAAUACGGGGCUGAAACGAUCAGCUGAUCGUCAGCGCCAUAUUGUAUUGCUACAGCGCCGCCUACAUUUCAAAUCCCAAUACAAAUAUAGUAACGAAUGAGAAAAUCAGUGAAAUUGGAACAUGUUCCAAUUGAUUCUGUAUUCGCGUAAUAAUCCGAUAGAAUGUAUGAAAUGCAAGAAGUAAUACGACAGCGGAUAUUUGCGAAACGAAUUCGCAUGUAGUAGGUAUCUACGAUUCCAUGACAUUUGAGAGGUUGAAACGAAUGAAAUGGGAAAACCUAAGAUUCGCGUUAAGAACAAGUCGUAAAAAGACUCCCGUAGGCAAUCACAAUUAAAAUUAAGACAAAGUCGUGGUAGCCCUUACCUUGGUGCUACGAAAAAUGAUGGGUCAUUACGCAGCGUCUCUAACAAUUAGUUUCUACUGUAUCUCGAGUCUUUAAAAAAAAUCAUGAUAUGUUUUGAGUAACCGUAAUUUGUGUCUUUACAUCGUGCCAUAUCCAGUCAUCAUCGGAAAUUAUGAUAUAUAUAUAUAUAAUUGCCUAAUUACAACCUGACAUUUUAUGAGCUGCAAUUAUAGAUGCGUUAUUAAUAAGUGUAAGACCUACGCCUGUUAUUGAAUCGUUACGUUUGUAUUUGUCUCAUUUAUUUUUUUCAAACUCAAGCUACGAGAAAUUCAAAUUCUGGGUAAAUUCGUAAAAAUUAUUGGAAUUUUCUGAAAAUAAUUCUUUUUCGGGAAGAGGAAUUACAUUUUUUAUACACGGUAAAUCGUGCGGAUAAUAACUUUAUGAACGUGAGCAACGUAUUGCGUGAUGCUGCGUGUACCCAUUAUCAACGUAGAUUAUAUCCAUUAUAAGUUUUUUGGUAUUAUAUAUAUAUAACCUCGUCAAGCACAGCAAUAUGGAACUUCCAAUUGAAAAAAUAAAAGAAAAAAUGGCAAAAAAAAAAAAAAAAUAAACUAAAUAAAUAAAAAAAUUUAAAUAGAAAAAAGUAAUUUAUUAAUAAUAUACCCCAUACGGUAACAACUAUAUUCCAAAAUAGGGCCUGGGAUAUAGAAGUUGCUUAUGAGGGAUUAUAAUUGUAAGUCUACAGAAAAGAUAUUUAACAGUUUGAAGUAUCCGGUAAUCUCAUUACCCAUUUAUCACUGGUAAAAAGUUUGCCGGAUUCCGCAAACAGUUGCAAAAUAUAGGUAUAAUAAUUCAAUACUUAUAUAAUAUACAUGAUAUAUAUAUAUAUAUACACAGAUAUAUAUAUAUAUACACAGAAUAUAUAAUAUUAAAAACAAAUCCAUACAUAUCAAUCAUUACUUUUGUAAUUUUAAGCUUUACUUACCUAUCGUGUCUAAGUGUAAUAAAUGUGUACAUACCGUUAGUUCUGUAAGCUUCAAGAUCUGUGACGCAUAUUGUGUAAUUCUCAUGUAACACUUGUUGUAUCGUAAACAUAUCAAAACGAAUUUAGGAAUUAGUAUUAUCAACUAUACACUUGCAAUCUUGAACACUAAUAUUAAGUUUAUUUGAUCCGCGUAUCUUUCCGUCCGGUGAUUUUCGUUGAUUUCUUUUUUUUUUUCCAAAACUCACUGAUAAGAAAAUUGCAAGUUAAUACAACUAUGCUGAUAAUUUUCGAUCUAUCAUAGCCACCCUAAUUUUUUAUGAUACCCACUGCAAGCCUCUUUUCUGAAAUUUACUUUGUCACACUUUAUUAUUAUAUUGUGUAAUUUACGUGAAGAUUUCUUAACGGUUUACAAAAUUAUUUAUGUUUUUUGCAUUUAAUACUGUUAUUAAGAAAAUAAGUUACCUUUUUCACAUCCUCAGCUAUUCACCGGAUGAAACGAACUGCUUUAAGUUUCCGAUGCUUUUAUCACCGGUUUCACCUUCUUUUAUUCAUUUUACAUUGUUAAUCGUAUAAACUAAUCACAUAAUUGAAGCGAAACGUUGAUUUGGGCAUAUCGAAUUCAAGACCAUUUUCUUUUCAAAAAUCUGAAUAAUCCAAAGUGUUGCAACCAAUGCAGCUAUGACCAAGGGUGGAGGAGUAGGAAAUGAAUACGUAGAUUGAAUUUAACGUGGGUGUAUUCAAGGUGCCAUAGAAUUUCUUUUCACAAUAUACAGAGUUGUUAUGAUAAUAGAGCAGUUGCUACGUUACACGAGGCAUCAUAUUGCUUGUAACACAGAGAUUGUUUAAUCGAAGUGAAAAACAAGCAAUAGUAACAUUAAAUUCCUGUUACCGAAAUACAUAUAUUUUUUCGAUGAACUUAUCUAUUGAUUGUAUGAAAUCGUGUGAAAUUCUGCAUUCAUUAUUGAGUAUAUUAGCUAAAUUUACCAGUAUAUUUUUUUCAUCCGCAUUAAAAUAAGUGCAGAAAUCACGAUAAUAUAUAUAUAUAUAUAUAUACAUAUAUGUAUUGUUGCUUAGUCACAUAUUUAAGAAUUAUUUGCAAUGCCUCUAUAUUUGUGUCUUGUGUUUUUAGUAAACAAUACAUUUAUACAGAAAGA